AUGACAACGUCGCACUCCGCCUCUUCCUCUGCGGCCACCAACCAAAUACCCGCCUCUCCGGUGGACAUCUCACCGAUCUCUCCAUCUCUAAAGUUCGUUGUCUCAAAUCUCAAGACCAUCGUCCCAAACCAAUUGUCGACCGACAAUUAUCCGAUCUGGCGUCAUCAGAUCCUAAAAUUGCUUCGUGCAAACGACUUUGAACACUUUCUUGCUCCGCCCCCUCCCUCCAGAGAAUCUUCCGAUCAACUGACCGCUCUCAAGAACUGGCGCAUUACUGACCAAAACCUUCAGGCAGCCAUUUGCUCGACAAUAUCUCCGACCGUCUUACCCUAUAUCAUUCACCUCAAUACAACCCACAAAAUCUGGCAGAUUCUUGAAAGCCAAUUUCAGGCAACUAGUCGCUCCAAGGUAAUCCAGCUCAAGAAUGAGCUCCACCACGUCUCCAUGAAGAAUUCGUCGAUGAUCCAAUAUUUAACUGAAAUAAAGAAACUAGUUGAUCAAAUUGCUUCCGCCGGAUCCACGAUCGACUCCGAGGACAUCAUCUUAUACAUCUUGAAUGGGUUAACACCCGCCUACCAGUCAUUCAAGACAUAUAUCCGCAACUCCCCUUCCCCGAUUCGGCUCGAGAAUCUAUACGCUAUGCUUAUCAGCGAGGAGAUUCAUGUAAACGCAGAUGCAGCUCGCCAAUCCAGCGAAACUGUUCAGCAGGCAGCGCUCUACGCCAGCAGGGGCCGUGGAUGA